AUGCCGCCUUCGCCGACUUCGGUGGGCAUCCUGCGUAGCGCCGAUGAAUGUCCAACGUGGACAGUGCGAGUAGAGCGGCUCGAGCCACACGCAACAGGCAAACGCACGCCCAUAAACCUCCGCAGCACUGGUCGUGCUGUCGAGCAGUAUCACCCCACGACGACGCCCAAGAUUUGGAUUUGGAAGUCUGGUCUGUCCCCAUAG